AAAUAGACUUGAAAUCUUUCAGGCGCCAAUCGAUGCAAGCCGAAUAUUCUCGAACAACAAACGCAGGAAACGCUUUUUACCUUCAAUACUUCAGUGCUUCUUUCAUUUAUCGAUAUCAUUUUGUACGUGUGGUUUAUAAUUAUUGCUAAAACCGAGAGAUACAGAAUAACCCGGGGAGAAUAAAUAGUGUUAUUCUGGGUGAUCCCAGUAUAUUGGAGUCCAAAAGCACAUCCCUACUUUACUGAUGUUAAUAUUUGGCUGGGAACUUUAGAGUUGUCAACACUUUGCCGAAAUUUUUGGGCUAGUAUUAGUUGUACAUGCAAGGAAUAUCAGUUUGAUUUGUUUCGUCGCGUGUUAUUUUUACCCCGUCCCAUCAUCUUCGUAACACACGAUCGAGGCUUAAAGUCACGUGCCCAGAGAGAACAACACAUCAGGAAAUUCAAGAUGGCGCCUCCGCCGCCGCCACCACCACCGCCACCUCCGCCUCCACCUCCAUUAGAUGGAGGUAUCCCUCCACCUCCUCCCCCUCCAGCACCUCCGAUUGAGCCUUCGUCAACUGCUCAACAACCUCCAGGUACACCAACGGUAUCUCAGCCCAGCACAGCUGCUCCCAGCGAGGAGAAAGUGUGGGAGAGAUCAUGGAGUGUAGCGGAACUAAGAAAAGGAUCGUCAAAUUGGACACUUGCAGGCGAUGCCGGGCUUCUUCUUUACUUGCAAGAAUUCUCUCAGAAGAUGAUUUCACAAACUCAUGAAAUUGAAACUCAGGUAGAUGGAUUGGUCAGCAGUACCAAGGGAAUGGAUUCUAAGGUUCAAAAUACAAUGAACAACUUCUUGAUGUUGUCCAAUGCUCAGUUUAUUGAAAAUCGUGUCUAUGAAGAGGAUGUCAGUAAAGAUGAAACAAAUGAAGAACAAGAAAAACCUGCUGAGCCAGAGAAGGCGAAAACAAGAGAACAGAGAGAAGCUGAAGUUAUCCCUAAACUGAGUGAAGCUCUUAGACAUGGAAUUGGUGUCAUGGAUAAUGCAUUUGUUACACUUGAGCUUACAACGGAACACUCUGAUGAUGAAGAAGAGGAUGAAGAUGUGAAGACAGCAUUUAAGCCUCAAGUUAUUUUGGAGCCCAAGGAUGUAUAUGGCAAUCGUCCAUUACCACAUCUGAUUGGAACCUCAGAUUUCUUCAGGGAUGAGCUUGUUGGACUGGGAGAAUCAUCUGGUGAAGAAGAUGAAGGUGCAGAGGACGAGGAAGAGGCGUCGUCCAGCAGCAGUGGAAGUGAAACAGAAUCUUCAGCAAGUGAAGAAUCAAUCAGUGAGAGCUCAGAAGAGAGUGGCAGUGAAUCUGAGACAGAGCAACCAAAGGAAACAGAGAAGAAACAAAAACACAAGCCUAAAAAGAUUGAAUCAGAAGAUGAGGAUGAUGAAGAUUUGUUUGGAGAAAAAAAGAAAAAACAAGAAUCAGACGAAGAACAAGAAGAAAGUGACGAGGAAGAAGAAAAACAACAACAGCAACCCAAGAAGCCUAAGGGUGGUCUAGACUUUGCUGCAGAAUUGGCAGCGAAAAUUGGAGUUGUACCUGUCAAGCGACAAGACAGUGAUGAUGAUGAUGAUGAUGAUGAAAAGGUUGCCGAUGGUGAAUGGAGCGAUGAAGAACAUCAAGAGCCACAAACUCCUGAGGUACAGGAAAAACAGCUGCUUAGCGCAACCAAGAGUCGUAGUGACACCAGCAAAUCUAAAGAAAAGAAAUCUCAUCAUCAUCACCAUCACCAUCAUCACCAAGAGAAGAAAGACAGGUCUGAGUCACACGGGGAACACAAACACAGAAAGCGGCGUGGAAGUAAGACCAGCCACACCAGCCAUACCAGUGUGGACACAAGAAAAUCAGUUCCUGCCGAAGAUGAUUUAUUCAGUCAGUCUAGUCCUCAGGAGGAUGGUCUGUUUGGAAGUGAAGGAACACCAUUUGCAAAGAAGGGAGGGCUUUUCAGUGGGGGAGGGAAUUUGUUUGAUGAUUUUGAAGAUAAAUACAAGGGAGAGGACUCAUUGUUUGCAGAGGAAAAACCUUCUGAAACAAAUGAGAAGGAAGAGCCAACAGAAGAAGAUGAAGAGUCAGUGCUGAUUAAACCCAGAGCAAGAAGUACAGCUAGUGGCAAGAAAAUCCCAGCUGGUGCAGUCUCCAUAUUUGGAGAGUCUGGUUUGUUUGGAUCACCAACUAAAGAGGGUGUGACAAGUAGUAUAACUAAACGUCAAGAAAGCCAUGAGUCUGAGACAAAACCCAAAGCCAAGACAGGAGGGGGUGGGGGUGGACUGUUUGAUGGUGAUGAUGAAGAUGAUCUGUUCAGUGGUACAACAUCAAAACCAUCCCCAUCCCCAGCUCCAGCAGCCCAAGAGACAACAAAAACAAAAUCGUCAGCAAAUAAGGUUGACCUAUUUGGCGGCGAUGAUGAAGAUGAAGAUGAGGGUGACUUGUUCAGUGGAAAGCCAGUGGCAAAAGAACCUGUGCAGGCUCCACCCAAGAAAAAGCUUCCUGCUGGUGCCGUGUCAAUGUUUGGUAGUUCUCCACCUCCUCUGCUGAUAGGCAAGAAAACUGAAGAUGAAGAAGAGCAAGGUGAUACUGGCCUGUUCAAAGAGUCCAAGGCCACCCCACAACCCGAGAAAACUGAAGUAAAGCCUCCCCCUGCCUCGCAGCCGAGCAAACCAAAAUCAGGGGGAGGACUGUUCAGUGAUGAAGACGAGGAAGAUGGGGGAGGGCUGUUUGGGGCUCCCGCUGCAAAGCCACAACCGAAAGCCGAAGUGAAGUCAAGGCCAAAAACAAAAACGACGAUCAGUCUGUUUGAUGAUGAUGAACAAGAUGAAGAUGAUUUCUUUACUACUCCAGCAGCUUCCAAGACAAACAGUGUCACAGCUAAAAAGCAACCUAGCAAAGAGGAACCAAAAGAAAAAGUUAAGGAAACCAAGCCGGCCAGCGAGAAGUCUUCAGGACUUUUUGAUGACGAUGAAGCCGAUUUGUUCAAUUCUCCAUCACCUAAACCUACUCCAUCUCCUAAUGCGACUCCUAAAGAGAACAGAAAAACCGAACCAAAAACAAGGAGUUCUUCAAAGAUACAAUCCCUUUUUGAUGCUGACGAUGACGAUGAAGGCAUGUUCGGAGGCACAGCGGACGACAUUUUUGCUGCCUCGCCGUCACAGUCUCCCCAGAAAUCGUUUGAGCCUGUGUCGCCUUUGUCAGCGGCCAUUUCACAAGCUGCACCAUCACGUGAUUCUAAAGAUGGAGGCCAGGCUAGCAAACCGAAGCCUAGACCAGCAGCUGCAGCAGCAGCGCCAAAGCCAAGUCUUUUCAGUGAUGAAGAAGAGGACUUGUUUGGUGAUAAAUCAGUGGAACAACCAAAGGUCGAGGAGAAGAAGGAAGUGAUAGCAGAGAGUCCCAAGACGAGAAAACCAGUAGGAGGAGUACCCAUGUUUGGCGGUGUUGAUUUGUUUGCUGGGAAGAAGCCUUCAUUUACUGAAGAAAAGAGUGAUGUAGAGAAGAAGGAACCAGUUAAAAAGGAAGAAGACAAACCAGCUGCGCCCAAGAAAGGAGCAGAAUUGUUCGAUCACGAAAAGGAAGAAGAAGAAGAUGAACUAUUCUCUUCAAAACCCAAGAAAAUUAAAUUUCCCGCCGCACCCGUCAAAGCCAAACCAAGCUCAGACUUGUUUGGCGAUUCAACAGAAGAUGAUCUUUUUUCCACACCGAGCAAACCAGCCACAGUAAAACCGGUCAAACCUGUAGUAACGUCAAAACCAGACGAAGAGGGUGAACCUGAAGAACCUGUGAAGCCUGACGAACCUGUUAAACCGGUAGAACCAGUUAAACCAGUAGAACCAGUUAAACCUAAGAAGCCUGCUGGAGCCGUCUCCAUGUUUGGAGGUGUGGACCUCUUCGGCGCCAGCAAGUCACCGCCGUCUUCAGCAGUGGCUGCUAAAGCCCCCGUUAUUGCUAAACCAAAAGAUCCUUUAGGAGGUGCUGACGAUAAUGAAGAUGACUUAUUUCCUUCAAAACCUAAAGUCAAGACUGUAGAAGAACCUAAACCAGAGCUGUCACUCCCACUUCCGGUACCCAAGCCAUCCUCUUCCCCAGUUCCUCCAAAAGUUAGUCCUAAAACGUCGCCGGUGAAGCCUGGGUCAGGAAUUGAGAAGCUGCAGAAAUCGCUUGCGUUCAAUCCCGCCAUGCUGAGGCCAGGAGCGACCCCACCCAAGAAAGAGGCAGCACCCACUGUAGCGUCAUUUGACGAGCCGGCUAAAGUCACCACCCUAGAGAGUGCAAACAAGGAUCGCGCCAAAAUCCAGGUAAAACGGCGCCCUCCAACGCGUCAAGCACGCCGGGCAGCGGCUACUACAAACAGCGCCAGUGAUGCAACUCUCUUCGGAUCCACGACGAAUGACGACGCAAGCGCGAGCGCUCGAUUGUCCUGGGGAGGAUUUCCCACUCAGGAGGGACUGGAGAAGAGUGAAGUAGAUUCACGGCCCCAGGGGACUGGUACUAGAGACUCGGAUACGAGUGAUGAGUUUUUCGGAUUCACGAGUUCUGGAUCUUCAAAGAUCGCUAAAGAAGCGGACGAUCCUUUAGCAGGUGGUCUUUUCUCAUCGUCCGUGUCAAAGCCGAACGUUUCCAAAGCUAAUGAGCUUUUUAGCGAUGAUUCAGAUUUAUUUGCUGUUUCUAGCGAGAAAACGAACAAAAAAGAGCCCGCAGUUGUAAAGGCUUCGGCUGCCAAUGGAGGUGAUAUCUUUUCCGUUAGUAAUGCGAAGGACACAAUUAAAAAUAAGGCUAUAGAACCUUUAGUUGGAAAAGACACGUCUGCGAGUUUAUUCACUUCGGAAUCUCCCGGAGAUGGCAUAUUUUCUGCGGUUAGCGAUAAAACGCCGCAGAAAAAACUUGAACCAAGCUCGGAGAAAACGCCCAGCAAGGCUGCGGAAUCGAAGAUUUCCUCACCGCUUGAUAACGACGAUCUAUUCUCUUCUGUCCAAAAAGACGAUAAUGACACAGGAAAGAAAAAAGCCACUAAACCUGAGGCAAAAGUUACAGCGAAGGAAAAGGCGCCAGCCUUUGACGAAGACUUGUUUGCUUCAAGCUCAGCGAAAAAAGAAACUAAAGCCGAAAAGAAGGAGAGCGAAAAAGCGACAGCGGAUAAAAAGAUUUCUUCGCCUCUUGGAGAUGAUGAUGAUUUGUUUACUGUGAGCACGCCAGCCAAAAAGGAGAUAAAAACAGUUGCUGAUAGUGCUGUUAAGAAAACGGCAAGUCCUCAAACCACCAAGAAGGCCGCGACAAAAGCCAGCUCUAUUCUUAAUGACGACGAUGAUGAAUUAUUCUCAGUGAAGAAAGCGGAAACUCGUAAGGUGAGGAAGGUGGUGAAACCGCUGGGCGAUGACGACCUGUUCGGAGACUCGGGCGACAUCUUCAGUGAUAUACCAAGCAAACCCAAAGGAGCUAAAAAGAAGAAAUCUGCAACUACUGCUCCUAAGGAUGACAUCUUCGCCGAAGAGGCCGCAGCCGGAGGAGACGAGCAAGCUGCAGAGAAGACAGCGAAGAAGACAACGACGAAAGCAAAGAAGAAAACAGAAAAGAAAGCCAAAGCUUCAAUAUUUGAUGAUGACGUUCCAAGUAUCUUCGAUGAUCCUCUGAACGCCACCUCAAAGUAACAAAUUUUACAAAGAGAAUUUCUUUUGAAUAUAAAUCACGAGUAUCCUCUUACACCGAGAAAUCGUAGAGUAAUUAAAUAUUUGAUAUUAAUGUAAGAAGGUACAGCUUAUGAUUUUCAUUUCGAUCACUAUGCUUUGUAGUAUUCCUCCUCCUUUAAAAAUAAGCAGCUAUGGUGGUCACCCCCAAAAAAUUCAAGGGUAAAUAUUUUUACUAAGAUUUGUAAUUUUUUUUAAUGAAUGAACGUGAUGGAACGAAGCGACGUUUCUCCUCGAGGUGAAAGAGAUUAACCCUUUUAACUUGCAAGAAUGGCCAAGUAUGAAAUUAGAGAGAAAACAAAACAAAAGUUAUCGUACAAAAUAUUGAAAACAACAGAGCGACGGUGUAGUUCUUUCAUUUGAUUGGUCACACGCUAUGAUUACAUCCACAUACUUAAAACCACUUUGUAUAGAAAGGAAACCAUACCACAUGAAACACUGCUUGCUUGGUCGUACACGAAAGCUACCAGUGUUUCAUCCAGAAGGUUAGAAAUUAGAGCCACAUUUUUUAAAUUUGAGCCAGAUGUGAUAAAACGCUUUUUAGCACUCUUGUCCGAGUAUCACUGAAAUUUAGAAAAACACAAGUUGCGUGCUGUGGGGUCAAAGUUACCCCAAAUUAUCUUAAAUUUAGCAAUUUAAAUUGUCCCUGUGUAGUAUCAAUAUUCAAGCAAAAUUGCUUAACACCAGACAGUGAUGUUAAUUUGCCCUGCAAGCCGUAUUUCGGAAUUAAAUAUUUAGUUACUGCUAUUUUUGAGGUGGACUGAUUGCGUGACGUCAUCUGGCGCGAAUUCUUUUCACAUGAGCGUAAAAUCACUUUAUCGGCUUAAAAUUAUUCUCUCUGCCUUCGCAAGCAAAAUGCCAACGCGCGACGAAUCCCAGUAGGUAACCUUAUCUCAGCCAAGGAACAUUUUGGCAUCGCUAAAGUGUUAAAUUGGAGAAGUUUUCCAACAUUCCUGCUUUCAUAUUCCAAGCAGGGAGGUUCGGAAACUGAACGAAACAAGAGUUGUUGUUAUUCACACAUCUGUCAGAGUUCGUGGCCUUUUGUUUUUCGUUUUAUGGCGAAUUGCAAUCAAUUAUCUCCGCUGGGAAUCGAAAAUGUUGUUUACACGAAAGUGAAAAAGUUUUAAACGUGUUUAGUUGGACAGGCAUUUUAGCUCAUUGGCAAGGGGAGAUGAAUGGGAGCGGCCAAUUCCAAACUUAGAAAAAGACAGUGCUUGGGUUUGGUAAAUGGAACGAUUGGUGACGAAGUUUUGACAGAUAUCUGACCAUUUUGACCAUUCUUUAGUCAUAAAGGGAAAAGCGGAAAUAUGUAAUAUACGCGCAUCAUUCACAUAGCUUUCAGAGUACGUGUCCUUUCUAUUUUCGUCUUUGGCCAGUCGAACGUGGAAUCUGCUAAUCCCGCUAAUGGGAUUCGCAAAUGUUGUCUAGGGGAAAAUAACUGGAAUGAGCGUGUACAGUUGUAAAGUGUUUGCUUGGACGGACACCUUAAAAAUGUGAGCCUAUCCGUGAAAGAAGAGGAGAGUGGGGAAUUCCAUAUUAGAGAGAAAGUGCUUAGGGCUUGGUAAAGAGUGUACCGGCUGAUUGAGUUUUGUUAGAAGUCCGACCAUGUCGAACCGUUGUAUAGUCACGAAGGGAAAAGGGUAAAUCUGUAGUAGAUGCAUAAUUCACAUAGCUUUUAGAGUUCGUGUCCUUUGCCUUUUCAUGUUUUUGUCAGUCUAACGGGCGAUCUGCUAAUGCGAUUGGCAAAUGUUGUCUAGAAAUGAGAAACGUGGAAGAUAACUGGAAUAGGCGAGUACAGAUGAAACGUUUUUGGUCUGACAGACAUCACAAAAAGGUCGCUUAUCUGCCAGGGGAGAGGAGAGGAGACUGGGCGCUUUAGACAGAGAGAGAGAGAGGGUGCUUAGGGAUUUGGUAAAUUAUAAAAUAAAGUACGAGUUAUGAAGUAUUGUAGGAAACAUUUAGAAAAAAAAAUAGAAAAAAAGGGUGAAACUCUUCUGUAAGCAUCAUUCACAUAGCUGUCAGAGUUCGCGUCCUUUCGUGUUUCUUUUCAGGACAGGCUAGCGUGGGAUCUGCUCUCAAUUAUCGUCUAUGAGAGUCGCAAAUGUUGGCAAGAGUCACGGUUGAUACGGCAUGAGCGUAGACAGUCAGUGUUGAAACGUGUGUGUGGUGGGACAACCCUUAAGUUGGACUGACUUGUCUUACUGUGGAGACUGCCCCGUGGAAAAAUGGCAGCGGACGUUUUCAAUUUUGGAGGUGGAAUGAUACCUGGCGUUUAGUAAAUAGAACGCUUGAUAACGAACUUCUCGUUUGAAUCCCACGAUUUUGUUCAAUCCUUUCGUCAAGAAGGCAAAAGGGUAGAUAUCUAGGGAUGCAUUAUUCGCAUAACUGUCAGAGUUCGCGCGUGCCCUUUCCUUGUUCAUUUUAUGUCAGUCUAACUUGGAAUGUGGAAACAAUUAUCUCUGCCGGGAAUUGCAGAUGUUGUCUGCGAGAAACGGGGGAGAUUCAGUGAGAGUUUACGGUUAAAAUGUCUGUAGUGUGAUAGACGUCCCCCGUGUGGAGUCUGCCCCGAGGAGAGUAGGCAGAGGGUAAUUUAGUCUUGGAGGGAUAGGGUGCGUAGAUUUUCGCAAAUGCUGUUCCAAGUAGUGAAGGUUUCCUCUGGAAUUCGAUCAUUUCGUUUCAUUCCUUUCAGUUUGUUAUGAACGCGAAAGGGCUAGUAUCCUUCGCAGGCAUGAAGGAUUUUAUACACUAUAAAUCUGCGUGGUUGGGCAUUUCCCUUUGGCGAACUUUUCGAUUUUGGUUUGGAGCGAAACGUUCAGAAUUGGAUUAUGAGUUCGUGGAAAUGUCAUACAACAUUUUGAUUAAAAUAGGCGAGCGGGAAAAAUUAACGAGCAGAAUUUAAGACGACAUCUCAUGCUAUUAAUUGAAUUUAUGUCUGCCGACUAUGCACAAAGUCUUAGCCGGGAAAAAUCACGUUUUCCAACAGACUAGCCGGGCGCUAAAUUGCGUCAGUGUUUAGAUUAUUUAAUCUAUUAGUGUUUCAUCGAUGUUAGCGUUCAGCCAAGUGACUUAUCGGAUUAUAGCUUUGUUUUCAGCAAGUGGGUAUAGUUCGAGAAUGCAUAAAUGACGUAUGUAAUUUAAGCAAAAGUGGUUUUGGGGGUGUUUUUGGACGUUUUGUGCACUGGAAAGAAAAUAUUAAUAAAGGUUGCACGCGAAUGAAACAGGCCACAUUCAGGCCAAUGUAGGACAAAAGUUCUUUCUAGGAAUUGUUUUGCCCCUCAAAAUAAUUUAGACCAAGCAAUAUUGUUGUGGCGGCGGCCUUUUUGAGUCGUUUCCGCUGCUUGACUUCUGUGACCGCGGAAUUUUAGUUUUAUCUUUCACGAUCGCACGUAAAAACAAACAACGGCAGUUUUCCUUUUCCUUUUUUGGACACUGUGACAUUUCCGUGCAAAGAUAACAUCGAGUUCAUUCAAAAAAACGUAAUAGGUAAUUAUAUACUGUCGGGAAAAGAUUGCUCCAGGCUGUAUUUUUAAACACGCGACAGUUAACUUUGUGUUCGUGGUUGUACGGUUGAGGGUCUUGUAAUUAUCCAAGAUAUUUUUGUCGUUUCUUUUUUUUUUUUUGGCAGCAAACGCAAGAACGAUAGUAAGUUAGUUUUAGUCGAUGCUCUUAAUAAUGAGCCAUCCACUUCAAGGGUCGCAUAAACAAAGUUAAGUAUAAUCGGUUUUUAGCGCCCCCAUGGCACUUCGAGGAGGUACAAAGCUUUUUUUCCUUUACAGAUCAUUUCCAGAAGUAGUGAAAUGCAAACACGAACACCGACAUAAUAAAUUAUUCAAUGCAUAUCAUUGUCUCUAUGCAGGGCACGUGGAUUCUGUGAAUCUAUAUAUAUCUUACUGCUGUCUUCUCUAAUUUUAAAGUGAUCGUGGCAAAUGCCUUUUCGUAUAGGCAUAAAUAUCUAAAUUGCCUCUUUUAUCAGUAAUUGCCUCAUGUCACGAUAUUUCUUCGAUGCCAGUUUCUUUGUCGUAACGGUUUUUCUUUUCGUUCAGGGUUUUGAAAGACUAGUAAAAAGGCCUGCGCAUUAUAGUUUUAACUUUCUACUGGCUGAAACACUUGGCACGCUUGUGUAGUAGACGAUCAGUGUAACUUGUUCAUCACGCCAUUUCUCUUUGUCCUCCCCCCUCUCCUCCCUGCUGUACUUUCUCCACCACUACCAACCCCCCUCCCCCUGACAGAGGAAUGGUAAAGUAGUUUUAAGGGGAGACGGGAAAAGAAAGGAAAUCUUAGAUACGCCGUGCUGUGCAAAAGUCACUGUUUACAUACUUGCGUCCCGGGGUUGUUAGGAAGUGAAUUUGUUUUCAGGUAUUUUAGUGCUAAAGUAUAAUUUUAAGUGAAUAAAGAAAUUAUUAUUAUAA